UCUGAGUAGUAACUGUGUUUUGAUUAUAUCAUGUACUUUACUAACAAUGCGUGACGCACAAGCGACUGGCGUGAAGCGAAAGCAAAGCGAGCUGUUGCACCAAACACCCUAGUUUUGCGCGUGAAAGCUGCUGACGUGACACUAGAUCUAUUGAUCUUUCUACAAUAUAUGAGCGCGUGUCUACCGGAGCAUCAACCAGUGACUAACAGUGACUCUGACACAAACCCCCGUCGGCAUCAGCAGCAGCAGCAGCAGUAGCACAGCGCCUGGCCGCAGGCGCACUCGGGAGGGAGCGAUAUCAGGAGCAGGAGCAGGAGGGAACACUAGACACUCGCGGCUGCCAUGAAACAGGCAUCAACGCCCAAGGGCAAGCCUCGCUUUCGGCUAAGGCUAGAGCACGCGGCCGUGUUCUUCGUGGUCGCGGCGGUGCUGUUCUUCGGCUACAGCGUGUUCCAGGCCAGUGGCAGCAGCAGCAGCAGUAGCAGCAGCGGGGGCGGCGGGGGCGGCCUCAUCACUCAACACAACAGUGGAGGCCUGCACCGCCGCACGCUGGUGCGCGUGGGCGCGGAGGAGGACGGCAGCGGGGAGGGCGAUGGGCAAGUCGUUGCCAAGCCCUGCCCCAAGGCGGAGCAGGUGGUGAAGACGGAGACGGUCACCGUCACCAAGCUGGUGUACGGCAGCACGCUGCAGAACCCGCGGGCCUACCACGUGGUGACCACGGUGGCGGGCUUCAGCAACCACUGGCAGGCGCGCAUCCACUACUACUGGUUCAAGAAGCAGCGCGACGCCUGCCUGCGCGAGCCCGCCUGCGACAUGGGCGGCUUCACGCGCGUGCUGCACACCGGCAAGCCCGACGACCUGAUGGACGAGAUCCCCACCGUGGUGGUGGACCCGCUGCCCGACCGCAACACCACCUACAUCGUGCUCAACCGCCCCUACGCCUUCAUGCAGUGGAUGAAGCUGGUCAGCAUCCCCGAGAAAUACUUUGUGAUGUGCGAGGCGGACCACCUGUUCAUGCGGCCGCUGCCCAACUUCAUGAAUGGCGAGGCGGCGGGCGCGGCGCUGUUCACCUACAUCGUGCCAUGGAACUACAACGACAUCGUCAAGAAGUUCAUCGGCAAGGACAAGUCCGACGAGGAGGUGAAGAAGGUGCCGCAGAUCGGCAACAGCCCCACCUUCAUCAGCACAGAGCAGUUCAAGGUGCUGGCGCCCAUCUGGUACAACACCACCAUGGAGAUAUUCGACGACAAGGAGGCGCACGACGCCUGGAACUGGGUGCUGGAGAUGUACGGCUACGCCAUCGCCACCUACCGCGCUGGCCAGCACGUCAACAUGCGGGUGGUGCCAAACAUGCUGGCGCACCCGCCCUUCGACAAGGAGGAGGUGGACCCCGAGGGCCGCCCCUUCUACCUGCUACACCUCACCUACCCCUGCCGCUACGACAAGUUUGGCAACAUGACUGACAACUCCACGCUGGCCGUGUGGACCUUCGACAAGCGCGAGUACAGCGUCAAGCCGCCGCCGCGCAACCUGCCCAUGCCGCCCGAGGUGGUGCACAACAACCUGGUGCGGCUGAUCGUGGGCAUGAUUAACGAGGCCACGGACGCGCUGCCGUGCUGGGACGAUUACGUGGCGACGAGCAAGGUGAACAAGUGCGCGCACCACACCGCGCAAACGGGCGCGAAGGCGGAGGAGGCGGCGGCAAUUGCGGGCGGGGCGACGAAGGUGGUGACGUAGGGAUUUGCACGCGGCGUGGGUAGCUCUAGCCAGACAAGGUACGGGGCGCGCGAUUCGGCGCGCCCUCGUUAGCUGCUCGGACGUGAUAGCUUAUGAUAGUGGACAUCGGUGCAUGUAAGCCGACAUGCAGGGUGUCGGGGCUUGCAAGUUGCAAGGAAGUGGCAACACACUGGACUGGAUGAAUGACGCUGACGGCUGAGUGGGGGGUGCGUUGGGGAGUUUCAGCUCGAGGUUGUUAGGACGUUUAUUGCAUCAAGCAUGACGGUAGCGCAGUCGUAGCAUCUAAGCAGGAGCUAGGAGGCGCCGUACGAAAAGGAUGGUCACAACUGGGUGCAAACUCGGAUGGGGUCCGGCACGCAUGCCGUGCCAACAUUGAUCGUCGGUUGUCGUAUGCCAUCUGACAUGCCACGCAAACAUUCUGCAACAAACCUGUUCCCAAGCACAAAGCACACGGGUAGCCGCUCACUGCUGUUUACUGCGCGUUGAUUGAUAAUACC